GGCGAGAGCGCAGCCCCUUUCGCGGGCGGCCGCACGGUCCGUGCCCGGGUGAAAAAUGGCAGCUCCGGCUUCGGCCAUGACGCGGUCCCUGUGCGCGAGCCCGCGGCCCUGCGACCGACCUGGGCGCCCGCGAGCCUCGGCUGCCGCGGCUGCUGCACCGGGAGGCUCUGUGGCCCCGAGGAUUGGGAUGCAGAGCCUUCCAGGCCAGGGCGAGGUGGGGCAGCCGCGCUCUCUCGGUCCCGCUCCCACCCUGCACUGAAGCUUUGCUGGGCCCGAGCCCCGCCUGGCAGCGUAGGCCGGGUCCUCCCCGGCCAGCCUUGCAGCUCCAGCGGGCGGAGGAAAGGGAAAAGGGGUUGUUUCCACCGAAUGGGCCUUUUUAAACCACCAUCCCUCUACUGGACGCUGCCAAACGAACACGGCCUUCCCUGUGCGUUCCUUCCCUCCCCCUCGUUCUUAUAACGAAAUAUCGCUGAGUUGACUCCAGUCUUAGCCUCCUAAAUCCUAACGACAGCAUAUAUGGUUUUCACGAAGGAAUCAAGGAAGUAGAAAUCCCUUCUCCUACUUGGUUUUGACAAUUUUUGUGAAAGGGGGGACAUUGAAAAGCAAAGCCAUCGGUACAUUUUGUCACCUUGGUCAUUUGCCUAAUUUAGAUUAUGUGGAGAAAAACCUGGAAAUAAUAGAUUUUCGUGUUUCUGAUUCUAAGAGUGAACCUUAACUGUGCAGUGCAAUCUUUUAGUGAAGGUCUCGGGUCCGAGGGCGGCUACUGAAAACGAUGGCGUGGUGUUCGUUCUGUAGGUCUGAAGGCGUCAGGGCCUCCGCCUCAGACAGCAGAAACUUUAGGGAUGCCAGUACAACUACCUACAGACACUGACGCUGGAGAUUCCUAUGGUUUUCAUGGGUCACAGAAUAAUUUUUCCCAACCACCCAAACGUGAGAAAAGCCAAGACAGACAAUGAGAUGGUCUCCAGCCUGCCGUUGCAGAUGUCUCUGUAUUUCAACUCGUACUUUUUCCCACUGUGGUGGGUGAGCUGCAUUGUGAUGCUUCACAUGAAGUAUUCAGUCUUGCCUGACUACUACAAGUUCAUUGUGAUCACUGUCAUCGUCCUCGUGACCUUGAUGGAAGCUAUCCGGCUGUACUUGGGCUGCAUGGGGAACCUGCAGGAGAAGGUUCCCGAGUUGGCUGGCUUUUGGCUCUUGAGCCUCCUCCUGCAGCUGCCUUUAAUCCUUUUCUUGCUCCUCAAUGAGGGCCUGAGGAAUCUGCCCUUGGAAAAGGCCAUACACAUCAUCUUCACUAUCUUCCUUACCUUCCAAGUCAUCUCGGCAUUUCUGACCCUGAAGAAAAUGGUCAAUCAGCUGGCAGCCCGCUUCCACCUCCAGGACUUUGACCGGCUCUCUGCAAACAGUGCAGCCAUGACAGGGAGAAGGCAGCCUUUUACAGAAGAGCUCUGAUCCCACUGAAGAGUGAGCGCCUGCAAGAUGACCCAGGGAGACAGAGGGAGUGACGGAACAUGUGAGGUCAGGCCUGAGAAAGGGCGCAGACCUUCUGGGCUCCAUCCUCCAGCUCUGAAGUCCCAAGGAGACAAUGCUAAGACACACUGUGGUCCAUGGAAGCCGAGGGGCUAUCCAGCGGACACUACAUUUCUUGUUUCUGAUGUUGACUUUCCAGGUGUUUAUUGGUAGUUGUAAUCUGCCACAUUUCUGUAAUGUUCCUAGCUAGAGUCUGUAACUAGAAAUGCGUGGAAUUUCAGGAAAAAACUCAGUUUUGGCCAGUGGAAUCUCACUGUGUGUGUCAACACACUCCGGGUGUGCCCCACACACCCAAGAGUAGCUGGCCAACACCAAACAAACUCAGCAGUGUUUCUGUGGACUGUUUGUUUCAUUUUGCUUUGUUUUUGCAUUUUUUUUUGUCUUAUUGUUAGGGGUAGGAAUCUGGAGAGGAGUUAGGAAAGAGGAAAAAAACAUGCAAAAUAUAUGGUAUGAAGAAAAAAUUUAACAACAAUGAAAGAAAUGUGUAACAUCUUUAAACUUUCAGUUGUCUGGUUGGCCGUCCUGGGUUUCCGGGAGCAUGUGGGAACGCUUGCUCGUCAGCACGCUCAGCACAGAGGGCAUGUUUAACAGGGACAGAUUUGCCUGUGCUUGAUUCCAAUUCUCUUCUCGGUUGCUGUCCUGAGGUGAGAGAGGCAGCCAUAUUAUGGUAUUUAAGGAAUAUUUUGUCACAAAACCAUGUUCAGUAUUUGUGAUGGAGGCACAUAACUAUUUUUUACAAUAAAUCAUAAGCUAUUUACAUUAAAAU